CUUUCUACAGUAAACCGUCUCGCGUAUCGCGCCUACUACUCUAUUAUCUACUGUUAAAAAACUACGAUGGCCACUCUACUUCGCACGUGCGAGCCGUUUGAUCUACGAGGUUUAUCAAGCGCUCGCCGAUUCGAGAAGGAAAAGAGAAAGCCAAAUCCCUCUCGCGUCCUUUAUCAACGGCGCUCGCAGAGGUCUUCUUUUAGGGCAGCGAUGGCGGCGGAGGGGCUAAAGAAAGGGAUCGCGGAAUUCUACAACGAGUCAUCGGGGUUGUGGGAAAGCAUUUGGGGGGAGCAUAUGCAUCAUGGCUUCUACGAUACCACGACGCCGGCCUCCUUUUCCGAUCAUCGAUCCGCUCAGAUCCGCAUGGUCGAUGAGGCUCUCCGAUUCGCCUGUGUUCCAGAGGACUCUUCAAAGUGGCCAAAGAGAGUGGUUGAUGUUGGGUGUGGAAUUGGUGGCAGUUCAAGGUAUCUGGCAAAGAAGUAUGGAGCUCAGUGUCAAGGUAUCACUUUGAGCCCUGUUCAAGCUCAGAGGGCUCAGGCACUGGCAGUUGCUGAAGGGCUGGCUGAUAAGGUUUCAUUCCAAGUUGCAGAUGCACUGGAUCAACCUUUUCCUGAUGGCCAUUUUGACCUGGUCUGGUCCAUGGAGAGUGGAGAACACAUGCCAGAUAAGAAUAAGUUUGUGAGUGAAUUGACACGCGUUGCAGCACCUGGAGCCACUAUAAUCAUAGUAACUUGGUGCCAUAGAGAUCUCAGUCAGUCAGAAGACUCUCUGAAGCCUGAUGAAAUAACUCUCUUGAAUAAGAUCUGCAAUGCAUAUUAUCUCCCGGAAUGGUGUUCUCCCUCUGAUUAUGUCAAAAUAGCUGAGUCCCUCUCUCUUAAGGAUAUCAAGACUGCUGAUUGGUCGGACAAUGUGGCUCCGUUUUGGCCAGCGGUUAUUCAAUCAGCAUUCACAUGGAAGGGCUUUAUAUCUCUUCUUCGCAGUGGAUGGAAGAGUAUAAAAGGGGCACUGGUUAUGCCUUUGAUGAUAGAAGGCUACAACAAGAAGCUCAUCAAGUUCACCAUUAUCACUUGCCGCAAACCAGAGUAGAGCUUUCGGCAAUACUUAUAGCAUUAGCUUUUAUGAUUAGCCAGAAUCCUGGAGAUGUGAAAGAAAAGCGUGCGAAAUGAUUUAAGCUAUAUAAAUGAGGAAAUGAGCUUUGUCAUGUUGUGCAGUGCUUGGAAUUGGAAUGUUAGUGAUCAUUACUAAAUGUAAAUCCUUUUGGGCGUAGUUUUCAUUGCAAAAACUUCUUAAUGUAUUUGCCUAUUUGGCAUUGAUCUCUAUUCCUUCA